CCAUUUGUUCGUCACGGCAUCUAAGUUGUAAGUGGACACCCUUAGUUAAAGCAAAUUUGCACUUAUGCGUGCGUUUGGGAACACAAUAUGGCUUGAGGAUAUAGUAAUUAUGUCCACCUGGUUCUCUUGUUUCUGCUCCCUUACUCCAGUAAGGGAUAAGUCAACUGCUUUGUUUUUCGAAUACUAUUAAUCAAGUUACAUUUUCUGCCGUAUAUGGGUUAUUAGUAGGCAGAGUAUCCGCUUAAGACGUAUCUGGAAAGACUUUCCAAUUCUAUCCACCAACCAUUACUUCAUUGUCAGUAGCGAUUCCUAGCGGUUAGUCUUUCAGAAUUAUGGAAGUAUAUCGUCAUAUCACUUCAACCCCAGCCUCCCUUACCUUUUCGAAUCCGUUGACAAUAUAAUAACUUGCUCUGAUGAUUCCUGUAAUUCAGGACAUUUUUAGGCAACUGGUAGGUAGUUGUAGUUCGGUUGGAUUGUUCUUCAUCUUUCUGUCUAGCGAUCUAGCUAAUCGUCCUAAUAGAUUGUUAAUGAUGAAUCUUCUCAAAUAGUUUUAAUGCUCAUGUUUCUCUGGAAAUCUCUAACAAAUAUCACUUUCUUUCAUUUUAAUGACAGUAGCUGUAGUGUCAACCAACUGUAGCAAUGUUCACUAAACCAAUCACGAAUCAUUUUUGGGGUAUUCAUCUUCAUUAAUCUCUUUUUUGCGUGCUAAAAAGCAUCGUAUUACUUAAGCAAUUUAGGAAUAAAUAAUUUAACUAAAUAUGACCGAAAAAUAACUUCCAAUUAGUCAAUCUUAAAGGUAAGGUUACUAAUAUGCUUCGGUGAUUUACAACACAACAACGAAAAGAACGUUCAGUCGGCUUACCUGAUGUACAUUCUGGAUAUGGUUUUGCCAUCGGUAAUAUGGCUGCAUUUGACCUAACCAAUCCAAAAUCAGUAGUCUCACCUGGUGGUGUUGGAUUCGAUAUCAAUUGCGGAGUCCGACUUAUACGCACAAAUCUGAAUUUAAAAGAUGUUCUUCCAGUGAAAGAAAAGCUAACUCAGACUUUGUUUGAUCAUAUUCCUGUUGGUGUUGGUUCCAAAGGUAUCAUACCGAUGGAUGCUCAAGCUCUGGAAGAAGCUUUAGAAAUGGGUAUGGACUGGUCUCUGAGACAAGGGUAUGUCUGGGCGGAAGAUAAGGAGCAUUGUGAAGAGUAUGGUCGUAUGCUCCAGGCUGAUCCGUCUAAAGUUUCUUCACGAGCAAAAAAACGUGGACUUCCGCAACUUGGGACUCUUGGAGCUGGUAAUCAUUACGCUGAGAUACAAGUUGUGGAAGAAAUUUUUGACAAACAUGCAGCAACUAAAAUGGGCAUCAAUCAUUUAAAUCAGAUAGUACUAAUGAUUCAUUGUGGGAGUCGAGGAAUGGGUCAUCAAGUUGCAACAGAUGCUUUGGUCUCCAUGGAAAAAGCAAUGAAACGUGAUAAAAUCGAAGUAAAUGACCGGCAGUUGGCCUGUGCACACAUUAAUUCUGAAGAAGGUCAAGAUUAUUUGAAAGCAAUGGCAGCGGCUGCCAACUAUGCCUGGGUUAAUCGAUCUUCUAUGACAUUUCUUGCAAGACAGGCUUUUGCGAAAAUUUUCCAUUCUACACCGGACGAUUUAGAUAUGCAGAUUAUAUACGAUGUAUCACAUAAUAUCGCUAAGGUGGAAGAACAUUGGGUAGAUGGCAAAAUAAAAACUCUACUAGUUCAUCGCAAGGGAUCUACUCGAGCAUUUCCACCUCAUCAUCCCUUAAUUCCUGUUGAUUAUCAGCUUACCGGACAGCCUGUACUUAUUGGUGGUACAAUGGGUACUUGUAGUUAUGUUUUAACUGGUACUGAAAAAGCAAUGACUGAAACUUUUGGUUCAACAUGUCAUGGUGCUGGUCGUGCAUUAUCUCGAGCCAAAUCAAGACGUAAUCUCGACUAUACUGAUGUUUUAGCACAGUUACAGGAAAAAGGUAUAUCAAUACGAGUUGCUUCACCUAAACUUGUAAUGGAAGAAGCUCCAGAAUCAUAUAAAAAUGUAACAGAUGUCGUAGAUACCUGUCAAGCAGCUGGAAUAAGUAACAAGGUGCUCAAACUACGUCCAAUUGGAGUAAUCAAAGUACGUCAAUUAAAUGAAGAUAAAGAUAAGACACUGGACGUUAUAGAAAUUUUAGUUAUGAAUAUUUCAGACGCUGAUGAAGAUCUAUUGGCCAUCGAUACUGAAAAAUUAGACAGUAUACUUGAAAAUCGAGAUGAAGUUAUUAAUAAUCAAACCAUCCCAGAACUUAUUCCAGAUGAAACAUAUAAUUUUUCAAAACAAUUUUCACCGAUAAUUCGUCUCUAUUCAUCUACCAUCUAUGAUCGUAUUCAUGCCGUAUACUCAACAGACCCCUUUUUAUCUGACCAAGAAUUGAAUAAACUUGGUAGGACAACACGAAAAAUUCCUGUGUAUCUUGGUAUCUCUAUUGGAAUUAUUACAGGUGUAAUGCGUGCGUUUGUAUCAUAUGAUGAAUUCCUACGUGCCAAUAAAUAUACUAUAUUUGUAAACAAUGAAACGGCUAGGCGUCAUUCCUUAGAUCAUUGUAUACUUAAAGGUGCCGUAUUUGGAAUUUCCACUGGUUGCAAAGUAACGAUACUUACUGGUGGAUUCUACACUCUACCGUUACUGUUCUCCGCAAUUCAGGGGAAAACAAGUUACUGGGAACAUGCUGUAGGCUGGGGUUCCUCAUGGCCUAUUUUGCGAGAUUCAUUAAUGCUUAGGUUUCAUCGGUCGUAUUUUAGUUUGUUCAUUUACAUUCGUAACUCUUACCCAGAAGACUAGUUGUAAACCUGAAUCUAUCAUUUAUUCGUGUUUGUUAUUUUUUUAUAGAUGUUACAUUUGUUAAUCCAAUUAAUUGCGUCUAUUAAAUCAA